AAGAGAACUUGGAUAACUCAGCAAAUAAUACUCAUCUAUAUGGAUUGUUGUGCUUGCUUCUGAUGCAGGUUGCCAAGGAUCCAUCAGGGAAGGACAUCAAUGCACUUGAGCAGCACAUCAAGAACCUCCUGAGCCCUUCCACCCCAUUUUUCUUCAAUACUCUAUACGACCCUUACCGUGUUGGCGCCGAUUUUGUUCGUGGGUACCCCUACAGCCUUCGUGAGGGUGUCCCAACUGCUAUUUCUCACAGGCUUUGGCUCAACAUUCCAGACUAUGAUGCCCCUACCCAGCUUGUUAAGCCCCUUGAGAGAAACACCAGGUAUGUGGAUGCUAUUCUUACGAUCCCAAAGGGCACCCUCUUCCCUACGUGUGGAAUGAACCUUGCAUUUGACCGUGAGCUCAUUGGUCCUGCAAUGUACUUUGGUCUUAUGGGUGAUGGCCAGCCUAUUGGACUUGUUUUGCAGCCAUUUGAGUGGAUUAAGAAAACUUUCUUCGAGAAACCCCAACCAGAGGCAUAA